UCUCUCUCUUCCACACUCGUUUGGUUUUUUUUUUGGGUUCCUUCUCUCGUUUCCCUGAACUCCAUCGACAGACACAUUGCUCUUUGGAUCGAAUUCUAUCAUAGAAAAAGAUUUGAUUUUUCUUUCUUUUUCUGUCAAACUUUCCAAAUCGAAGCACCCACUCGCCAGAAGAAUCUUCAUCAAUCUGUCGACUGCGUUCGCCGAGCAAAAUUAGGGUUUCGUUUGGUGGUAAUCGACUCGUUUUUUUAUGAUUGAUUUCAUUAUCCUUUGAAUAGGUAUUCUUCAUUUAUUUCUCUAUUUAUUUUUAUUUUUAUUUAUUCUUGUUUGAUGAUAUUCCACUUUCUUUGUAUUCGAAUUCUUUGCAAUCCCUAGUUUGAUUGGUUUCCUAUCUAUGAAGUCGUUUUUCGAUUACUUUCUUAGCUGAAAGUAGGUUCUUUACAAGAAACUCUGUGAAAUUUUAGGUGCGUUGUUUUAGUUUGUCAUCAAAAAUCGAGGGUUUUCUUGUUGGAUCUUCCUUUGUUUAUAUCAUAAUCAUUACGUUCAUAUCUGUAAAUCUCUUCGUUUUCUUUGAUUUUUUUUUUAUAAAAAAAAUUAUUGAAAAACUCCUGAUGAAAUCAAGGGUUGUUUUGAGUUAAAGAUUUGGUUAGACACGUUUAGGAUGACCUUGAAUUUUUCGCAUCGUCCUGUCUUUCCGGCCCAUUUGUCUGAAGACAAUUUUGUUUCGCCGAUGAGGAUUGCUGAUGGGUAUCUUGUGGAAGGGAUUCCCGAGAGGAACGAGGACAGUUUUGUUAGGCCGUGGCAUUUGAAUCGGGAAGUUGAGGAUUGCCUUGAUUAUGGGAGGGAUAGAAUUGAUAGGGGUGGCUCGCCGGAGUCGGUGUCUAAAGACAUUCUUGAUCUAUUACCUUCAGAUCCUUUUGGAAUGGGAAUAAGUAGUACUUUUACAGCAAUUACGGGUUGGCUUGAGGAUCUGGAAGUGGACUAUAACAGCAUUGGGGCAAGAAAAGAAGAUUACGAUCUACUUGCAGGUUUGAAUUGGAUAUGGAACAAGGCUGUGACAUUUCAGGCAUUUACUGGCAACAUGCAGUUUGAUGAAAAUUCUAAUACAGUUCGCUCGAUUGGUGGAUGUUCUCAGGAGAAGCAGCUGGAAAAUGCAAUGUUCCAGGGAAGUUUUGCGUCUGCUUGCUGUGUACAGGAUAUUGUGAACACUGUUGACCAACAAGUUGGGAAAUCUCAAGAGGGUUCAGGAAUUUGUUGUGACAAGGAUGGAAGGACUCCUCACAUGGCUUUGCCUUUUGCCCUUAGUUUUUUGGGGGUGAGGGAUCUUCUUUCUAUGGAAAGGGUUUGCGAAUCUUUGCGUUCCAUGGUUCGAAGUGAUCCCCUUCUUUGGAGGAGUAUCCACAUAGAUCAACCAUUGAAUGAGAAGAUCACUGAUGAUAUUCUUUGGGAAUUAACCAGCAGGGCUCAAGGUAACCUGCAAUGCUUGAGCUUGGUGGAGUGUCCGAGGAUCACUGAUGAUGGUCUGAAGCAUGUACUUGAAACUAAUCCGAAGUUAACAAAGCUUUGUGUUCCUGGAUGUACGAGACUCAGCAUUGAGGGCAUUGUGAAUAGCUUAAAAGCUUUAAAGUCUAAAGGUUCACCAGGGAUAAAGUACCUUAGAAUUGGUGGGCUUUAUGGCAUAACAGACCAUCAUUUUGAAGAGUUGAAGUCUAUGCUGGGCACAGAUAGGACCACACCACAAAAUGGACGCAAGCCACAUUUCUAUCAUAGGGGGAACUUCUAUCUUUUGUGUGAUGAUGAUCGCGCUAUUGAUAUUGAAGUAUGCCCAAGAUGCCAAAAAUUAAGGCUAGUCUAUGAUUGUCCCGCCGAGGGUUGUCAAGGGAAAGAUUGUGUCACUCAGUUGUGUAGGGCAUGCACACUCUGCAUAGCACGGUGUGUUCAGUGUGGCCGGUGCAUCAACGACAGUGAAUAUGAAGAAACAUUUUGCCUGGAAUUUCUUUGCUCAGGUUGUUUUAAGCAGCUGCGUAAGAGCCAAGCAAGGCAAGAUAAAAAAAUUGGGCUUGCUAAGAAUGCUGUUCUCGACAAGUCAAGUGAUAACUUCUGUCUUCAUGGCUAGAGGCUGAUAUUGGUUUCUGUUUUCUGGUUUCGUGUUAUGGAUGAAUGGAUGAGGGAUUGCAUGUUUUGUUAUUCAGAUAUCUUAUUGAGAAAUACAAUGCGUCCAGUGAUAUUGUGGCUCCCUCUCUGUGUACUGUUGCCUCUCUUUGUGUUUGCUGGGUGGAGCCUUUUAGUGAACUUUCUUUGUCGGGAUGCAUUGGGGAUAAAGUAUAAUUGAAACCAAUUUUAUGGCUUUAAGUGAAAAGGAUGGAGGAAAAAAAAGAAAAAAAAAAAAAAAAAAAAAAGUAAAGAAAAGAGAAAAGGUGACUUAUAUUUGAAGAAAGCGGAAAAUUUCAAUGAGGUUUUGGACCUCGUAUUUUGUUCCAUAUGAACAGCUGGUUUGUCUCACUGGUACCAGUUCUUAAAAGACUCCCCUGGACAACAGUGGGUUUGCCUGUUGAAGUUAGAAAGUGGAUCUGAUUAAUGCAGCAUUGUCAACGUGCCCAGUUGUUUGUUGAUGUUGGUCUUAUCAACUCGGAAGAGUCCAAUUUGAUUUGUUGAUGGAAGUUGGGGAGGGGCAUCAUGUUACUUACAACAGCAUUAUUAAUGGUGAGAGUACCGUAGCGGAGAGGAAUGUUGUGUGUUUUGUGGUUUUAACAGCGGGCAUUGUUCUGCAUAUGCUUGUAUGCAACCCCGUUGAAGGUCCCAGAAGGCAGUUAUUGGGUAAGUGGGAUGCUUGAGUCAUUUGAAUAACGGAGAAUAUGGUCUCUCCACUAUGUAUCAAGAUAGAACUGUUGAUGCAAUGGUGGUUCCUGCUUGCACGCACAUUAUUCUCCGCGUUACUGAAGAUGGAGCCACAAAUUUAGCACUACAUUUCAUGCUGGAGCUGGGGAAGUCGAUUAUCUUAUUGCAUUUGUUAUUGUGUUCGAAUUAUGAACUGACAAUCAUCUUUUACCUCAUGUCAGUUUUCGUCUGUUAUAAUCUGGCCUCCUUUAUGUUAUUUUCUACUUCAAUAUAGGAUUUUAUUAACAAAGCGUUGUGACUACAUAUUUUCUA